CCACCACACCUUACUCACAUCCUCAUAUAAACACUCACCAUGUUGCGCACCGUCUCUGCCCGUCUUGCUCCCCGCAUCAUCUCCAGAACUGCUUCCCGCGCGGCUGUGAGCAGGGUUGCCAACUACUCGUUUGCUGCUGGUGACAAGUUGGAGGCCCCCGGCUCUAGCAAGGAUGUCGACCCCAAGAUCGUCUCGAUCGUUGACCAGAUCUCCGGAUUAACCCUUCUCCAGACCGCGGAUUUGGUCUCCCUCCUAAAGACCCGUUUGAACAUCCAGGAGAUCUCUAUGCCUAUGGGAGGCGGUGGUGCCUCAGCUGGUAAUGGUCAGGCUGCUGCUGCCCCGGUUGAGGAGGAGAAGGUCGCGGAGAAGACAGAGUUCAACGUCAAGCUCGAGAAGUUCGAUGCAGCUGCGAAGGCAAAGUUGAUCCGUGAGAUCAAGAACAUCAUUCCUGGCAUUAACCUGGUCGAGGCCAAGAAGUUUGUUGAGGGAGCACCAAAGAUCGUCAAGGAGAACUUGAACAAGGCUGAUGCUGAGAAGUUGAAGAAGACCCUCGAGGAUCUCGGUGCCACUGUUUCGUUGGAGUAGAAGCAGGACGGGAAGCAGUGGAUCGAAGGAAUAUGGAAGAUUUGGAGAUGCCCAGAAGCGACGCAGUCGAGAUAUCAGGAUAUAGAAACCACAACCCGUAUCGAAACAAGAACAUAAUGGGAUUGCUGACGGGAGCAAUAGAAUGUGGUUCAAUGAGGAGCAAGAAGCAGCAUUUUUUAUCGCCAUCCAUAUGGCAUUUGUACUCUUUUUUAUCAUAGACGCUCUCUUUUCUCUUUUUUUUUCUUCUUUUAAAUACAUCCAAAAAAGAAAAGGACCAUGUCAUUCCAAACAUGUCAUUAAACGUCAACU